UUAUUCUGGGGAAGAUUAUAUUUUUGUUGGCAAGUUUUGGCAACGUUACUAAAUCCUGGAUUUUACAUAUAUAUCAUUAUUAUGGCAGAGAGCUUUCUAUAUAGUGAAGGUGAUCUGACAGGUGUCUUGUCAUCAGAGAGAGAGAGAUAUGAUUCCAGUAAGUUUGAUACUCUUUUGCGCCAAAAAUGGGAUCAAGCAAUGAAAGAUGGUCAUUUCCGAUAUCAACUUGACAAAGUAGAGAGUAAAAUUAUUCCAGGACAGAAGAAAUAUGUAGCACAGUUAAAUGUGAAAAGGGCCACAGAAAGAAGGAAACCACAGGAAAUUACAAUUGUCAACCAAAAGUUUGAACCUAAACAAUUCAACUUCACCAAAAUCAAAUCUGAGGAAGUUUUAUUUGAACUUGAAAAAGAGGAAGCAAAUGUCUUAUGUAAUGGAGAAACCAAAAAGAGACGUAAUCUAGUGAUAAUCAAUGUGAGCCCCCUGGAGUAUGGACACAUUCUUAUUGUUCCUGACUCUGAUGCUUUUUACCCACAAAUUCUUACUCAGUUUGCCAUUAAAACGGGACUAGAGUGUAUGUUGCUGAGCAGUCAUAGAGGAUUCAAAGUUGGGUUCAACAGUCUGUGUGCUUUUGCUUCUGUUAAUCAUCUGCAUCUUCAUGCUUACUACCUAGAGCAUGAUUUAUAUGUGGAAAAUUGUCCUGUAACACAUUUAAAGGGACCCCUGUAUGAGCUGAAUGUCAUGCCAUGUCCAGGAUUUGCCUUUCAGCUUCACAAAAGUACCACAGAGGAUUUAUCAAGAGAUAUAUAUAAAGUUACCCAGUACUUAUCUGAACAUGAGAUUGCCCACAACAUGUUCCUGACGUACGGGGAAAGUUUUGAUUCCCAAUCCUCUGUACCUACAGUUCGGGUAUAUCUGUGGCCACGCAAGAAGUUCAUAGGUAUAAAAGAAGAGGCUGCUUUUAAUGUAGCUGUUGUUGAAUUGGGAGGACAUUUGCCAAUCAAGGUUGAGGAACUGUAUGGAGGAUUGACAGAAGACUCUAUAAAUGAAACCAUAGAAACAGCGAAGCUAGAGGACAAGGAAUAUCAGUCAAUCAAAGAUGAUGUCACACAACUGUUCAGUUGAUGUUUGUGACUCUAGGGAUUCUAUGGCUUUUUUACUUGUAAUUGUUAUUUUCUUCCAAAAGUUUUUAUUAUUUUUAAACUAUUUUUAAACUGUACGACAUGCAGUUUUCCAGUAUUUUUUUAAUCUAGUAUUAUUAUAUAUUGAUAUAUACAGUACAUGUAUUUCAAUGAAUU